UGAGCACAGCCAAGCCGCACCUCUGAUGACUAACAGGCAGCGCUCUCUCUCUUUGAUAUACUAUCGGCCGGGUUUAUCACAGUAUCAACACAACCUCCCCACUCCAGGCCUCGCCCCUUCUGGCCAGCUCUCCCUGCAGAGCGGCAGGGGCUGCAUGGGAGCUGAGCUCACCUCUUAUUCCAAGGAAUCUUAACAGCAGGUUUUAAGGUACUUAUUUACUUUUUUUGGUCUGCACAGGAAGUCUGAGCUAAAAAAAAAAAAAAAGGAAAGAGACAGAAGUAUAAUUGCUCUGGCACGCCUGCAUUCCUGCUUCAGUCUCAGACGGGCAGGCACUCUUUCUUGUCGGAGCCUGGAAGAGGAUCCGAUCCCUGAAGAUUAUCGCCACGAACGUGCGUAAGUGAAACCUGCAGCCAUGCUGAAACAGAUAUUAUCAGACAUGUACAUCGAUCCGGAGCUGCUGGCAGAACUCAGCGAGGAGCAGAAGCAGAUCCUCUUCUUCAAGAUGAGGCAGGAACAGAUCAGACGGUGGGAGGAAAGAGAAGCUGCUGCAGAAAAGAUUUCAGCAAAGAAGCCACUGCCAAGAAAAGCCAACAGGAAGUCAGUGACAUGGAAACUUGGUGCUGACAAUGAAGUGUGGGUCUGGGUGAUGGGUGAACAUCCUUCAGAUAAAUCCUAUGCAGCCAUCUGUGAAGAGAUCCAGGCACAAAGAGCAAAGCGCUUAGCGAGAGAGCAAGGCCAGGAGGGCAGAGAGGCUGAAUCUUCUGCAACAUGGUCUCUACACCCAAAGCCAGGACUUCUGGCUGAGACAGAUCUUCAUGGGAAUACAAAAAACACGGAGAAAAGGGAGGCACAUGGGAGAAGAAUGACUGAUAUUGAUACAACAGGAAAAAGCCAGGAGCUCACAAAGAGAGGAACCAGAAAUGUUCACCAGAUGCUGGCGGAUUGCUAUGCAAGGAAGCAGAGUUUCCAACAGAUUAAGGAAGCACAGACGAAAAAUUCAGAAGAGACCACAGCCCCCCAGAAGCCAAUACCACAGAGCCACUCCAGCACAGAGAGCCAGAGAACACUGCAGAAAGCGGAUGAGAAUGAGCCUGAAUGGCAGGAAUUCUUGCAGAAAUCCAAAGCAGCAGACGAGAAGAGACGCUCCCUUGCACGGCAAGCCCGAGAUGACUACAGGAGGCUUUCACUGCAGGGUAUCCACAGAGGGAAGCAGGCAGAUAUUUCCAAGGGUGCCACAGCAGGAGAUCGGCGACCACUUCAAUACCCACCUCUCCCUCCCAAGCCUAAACUUCUACCUCCUGCAACAGCAAAUGGGAGAGCAAUUAGGAAAGAGGGAGUCCAGAGGACAAUCUCUAAUUCCACAGAAGAAAGCAUCAUCAAGUGGUUCAAAGAGGAGCAAUUCCCUCUCCGAGCUGGCUAUCUGAAAACCACAGACACAAUAGCACCUUGGUUUCAUGGUAUCCUAACCUCUAAGAAAGCAGAAGAGCUUCUGAAUAAAACACUACCAGGGAGUUUUCUGAUCCGGGUCAGUGAGAAAAUCAAAGGCUAUGUGCUGUCCUAUCGGUCUGUGGAAGGAUGUAAACAUUUCCUCAUUGAUGCCUCCAGUGAUUCCUACAGCUUUCUUGGAGUAGACCAGCUACAACAUUCAACACUGGCUGACCUUGUCGACUACCACAAGGACGAACCCAUCACUUCCUUGGGGAAGGAGCUGCUGCUUUAUCCAUGUGGCCAAGAGGACCAAGAGCCAGAUUACAUCGCUCUCUUUGAGUAAACCUCCCCAUCUUGUUGGGCAGCCCUGGACUUGCAUUCACAAAGAACUUGGAACUGGACUUGGAACUAGAGCUGCUGAUACUUACCUGAAACGAUCAGUGCCUAUAUUUUGUAUCCUUCACAACAAAGCAGUAGGAGGAUAAGUACUGUGAGCUACAGGAUGCAUCAGCCCAGCAAGCUGCAAACCUCAACACAUCCCACAAGAUGGAGAGAAUGAGUUGAUGAAGUAAUCCAUUGAUCAGGGAGAUACUGCCAUGGUUUUUCAUUGGGGUUUUUGAAGGUUUCUUGGGGGACUUCUUGAUUCAAGCUGCCUUUUGUUCUUGAAUGCAAGGUUCUCUGGGAAAUAGAUUAGUACCUACAAUUGAAUGCGAUUAUAACCUUCCCAAAGGCACAAAACAACUUGGAGAGGUGAAUCAAUCUUGAUAUGUCAUAUGCAAAAUGUGAAGCUUAAUUCUAUAAAAUGCUGUGUCCUUGGAAGGAAGGAUGUUCAGCCAAACAUCCAAGCAAACCCUGAGCGCCUUUCAGUGAAAGAUGCUCUCUGUGACAAGAGAUUGGCACACAUGAAGACUGCAUUUUUUAAACUCCUCUAGCCUCUGAAUAUAGAUCCUCACUCUUUUAACCUGUAUUUAGCUCCCACACAGGCCUUUCUGCAUUGAGAGGGAUUAUCCUUUUUGAAAAGGAAAGGAGAUGGGGCAGAGUCAUUUUUAUGAGUGACAACCACAUGUACAGAGCCUGCAAAUGUAAGAAGGAACACCUAUAUCAGUAUUAAUACAGUUUACAGAAGAGUUUUUGCCAGUAAAGAAUGCUGUUUUCCAAAAUGGAGCUAUUUAUUGCAAGUUGUGUCCCAAUUACUGAGAUGCAUCUUGUGUAAACUUCAUUAUAGAACUUGUUCUUUCAACAUAAUGUUCUUUUUUCUUAUCUGUUACAAUGCUCUUUGAAUACAUCAUUCAGAAGAUUGGGGGAGAGCUUGGAAAGAAUCACAUAAGAAAUUAGUCUUCAUCCAGGUUCCCCAAUGUUGUUGCACAUGACAAACUCUGCAGCUGAGGGUCUGAAUCUGCAAACAUCAUUUUUUAGAGGCACAAUACUCAAAUAGUGAAUAAGAGUUGGUCUUGUUUCAGUUGUUUACCUCUUUUUACCUGUUCUCUUUUUUCUUUUAGAUCAGGGCUACUCAACUUGAAGAAGCAGUCAAAACUUUCAGUCUUACAUUAAUCUGGGUUUUGCAGAAUACAGAUUUAAAGAAACUGUGAUCAUCUGGUCUUAAAAUUUACAGCCAUGCUGACAGGUGGUUUCCAUUCCAGGAAAGAGGGGAUAACUACACUCCAGUUUCAGCAAGUGUCACUUGCUAGAAAUAAAGCCUUAAUGUAAACUGA